UUGAUUUCCCAUGUUAUCGAUUGGGACCAGUUUUCGCAUUUCUAUGAGCUUAGAGACUGGACGCUAGUGGUCAACGGGGCUACUCCUAUCAGUGCUUAUCCAAUUGACACCCUAAGGAUAAGCAGUUGUACGAUUGAUUCAGUAGAUGACCUUAUAAGGAGCAUACAGAUGACUGCUAAGCAGAGGGUGACAACAGAUGGUAAGAAAGCAACGACGGUUAAGAGGAGCAAAACUGUUGCUGGUAUUGAAUUGGAGAAGAACGAUGGGACAAAGAAAACGGUAAAAAAGGUGGUGAAGCGAAGGAAGCCUUUUAUCAAAAAAUUGGAAGUUGCUGGGCAAUGUACCUUGAGAGGACUUCAGUUCCUUCAGGAUAAAGCGCAUAUCGAGUUACAGAAACGUCUCAGCACUACUGUACCAGAUUUGAAAGUCGACUGCGAAGAUAUUUACUAUGCUUGGUGA